CAUUUAAUGCAUUUGGAAAACAAAAUGAGAAAGUCGGUGGUCGAUUGGUACACAUUCUAAGAUCGACUAUACAUUUGUAUGAAAAUGACAAAUGUAACAGAAAUCGAAUUUGUUGAUAAACCAAAAUUCUAUUCAAAUGACUAUAAAUCGUCACAUGCCUUGCUUGCGAGUUGAUAAGAAAUCAUUAGAUUCGAAAAAUGUCUAAAAUGUUUCGAAUUUCAUUGCAAUUCCUGCAUUUUUCCUUAGUUUUUUAAUAUCCAAAAUAGUCGAUUUUUGUACAAAUACCAGGUGUCCCUUGAUCAACAAUCCAAUCUAGUUCUCAUAGCAGAAAGCAGAUCGUGUCUCUUCAACAAAUUCAAAGAAAAAAUCAUUCAAAAAUGAUUCGUUCAGUGGUUUUUGUACUGUUUAUUUCAAUUGCUCUUACGCAAUGUUCACCACCAAACAAUAAAAACCCACCAUUGAAAUUGAACAAGUUGAUAAAAACCAAUUCAACAUAUGAAAAGCCGUUCGGAAGUGUGCAGAAUCACGCUACACCCUUUGAUGUUAUGAAAUUAAACAUUAAAAACGUCAUUCCUUAUUUUGAAGAAUUAGAAUACACAUUUGGAAAGCGAGUGGAAGGUGAUGGAAUAAUAGGUUUAUCUGUGGAGCUCAACUUUUUCGAUAGCAAAAAAGAUAUUGAAGUGAAUGCUGCAUAUCCCAACACUGGAUCCGGCAAAUUUAAUGUUACUUAUGUGCAAGCUUAUGUUAUCCAGGACACAAAGGACGGAAAUGUCGAAAUUGGAAUAAGCCAGCAAGAAAUCGGAGUUAAAGUCAAAGCCAAACAGACUAAAGUUAUUGCAUACCAAGUUGUUGUCUAUGGAAUCUUGAAUUAUUAAUUUAGCGCACUACUUCAAAAAUUAUAUACAUUGGAACCUCGAAGAGGACACUCGAUAUAACAUGUUUUAUAAUUGAUCGUAUUAUA